AUGAGUAUAGAACGUCUUCUUUUGACUCUCUUCUUCUUGGGUUUCUUCCCCGGAGAGUUGGCUGUGGCUCAAAACACAACAAUCCCAUUCAAAAUGGGAGUCGUUCUUAAUUCUGACAAAUGGGUUGGGAAGAUGGCUCUGAGCUGCAUUUUCAUGGCGGUCUCCGACUUCUACGCCACCCACAGCUUCUACAGAACAAGACUGGUUCUCCACACUAGAGACCCAAACAAUGACAUCGUUGGCGCAGCUUCUGUGAGUAAGUUACUACUCUUUUCCAUACUUGUAUAUGAUAUCAUAUACCAGUUCCAUAAACCUUACUUUCUGCUCUUUCCAUUUUUUAAUGUCUGCAACAUCUAUGAGCCAAUACUUGUAUUUGUACUCUUUCCAACAAUUCGUUGUGUUUGGAACUUGCCACAUGAACAGGAAAUUAAUUGCUUGGUGAGGGUAAAGGUGGAAAUAAUUCUAAAUUUGCUUUUUGAAUCUUCAAACACAGCUCUGGAUCUACUAAAGAACACACAAGUGCAAGCCAUCAUAGGGCCAGAAACAUCUUCACAGGCCAACUUUGUGGUUGAUCUUGGAAACAAAACCCAAGUGCCCAUUGUCUCUUUCUCUGCAACGAGCCCUUCCCUUUCUUCAAUUAAAACUCCUUAUUUUGUUCGGGCAUGCCUGAAUGACUCUACUCAAGCCAAAGCCAUAGCUGCCAUUGUCCAAGCUUUUGGAUGGAGGGAAGCUGUUCCAGUCUAUGAAGACAGCGACUUUGGGAAUGGAAUCAUACCUUACUUGACCGAUGCCUUGCAAGAAAUCGAUACUCGUGUCCCUUACAGGAGCGUCAUUCCUCCCUUGGCCUCUGAUGAUCAAAUUCUUCAAGAGCUUUAUAAGCUGCAGACUAUGCAAACUAGAGUAUUCAUUGUGCAUAUGUCAGCCUCUCUUGGAAGUCGCCUCUUUCUGAAGGCAAAAGAGGCUCAGAUGAUGACUGCAGGAUAUGUGUGGAUCAUCACAGAUGGGUUAACUAAUCUCCUAACCUCCAUGGAUCCUUCUAUCAUUAACUCCAUGCAAGGUGUUCUGGGUGUGAAGCCAUAUGUACCAAAAUCCAAAGAACUUGAGAGCUUCAAAAUUAGAUGGAGAAGGAAGUUCCAACAGGAUAAUCCCAAUACCCAAAGAGCUGACCUAGACAUUUAUGGGCUGUUGGCUUAUGAUUCAGUCUGGGCACUGGCAAUGGCAGCAGAGAAUGUUGGGGGUGCAAAUCUUUCCUACCAGCAGGUUCAGAGUACUGAUAACUCCACCGAUCUUUCAACACUAGGAAUAUCGAAAAUAGGACCAAAACUUCUGCAGACAAUUUUGAAGACAGGGUUUAGAGGCUUGAGUGGGGAGUUUCGCCUUGUUGAUGGGCAGCUCCAGUCAUCUUCUUUCCAGAUAGUGAAUGUGAUAGGGACUGGGUGGAGAGAGGUUGGGGUAUGGACCCCAACAAAUGGAAUUCUGAAAAAUAUGAGCGCCACAAGUAGCCAAGUGUAUUCAACUUCAAAGAACAAUCUCCAAACUGUCAUAUGGCCAGGAGAUCCUACAUUUGUUCCCAAAGGUUGGGUUAUUCCCACAAGUGGGAAGAAGCUGAGAAUUGGAGUUCCUGUGAAAGAUGGAUUUAGUCAAUUUGUAAAUGUUUCUCACAACACAGACACCAAUGAAACCAUAGUCACUGGGUACUGCAUUGAUGUCUUCAAGGCUGUAAUGGAGGAAUUACCAUAUGCUGUUCCUUAUGAGUUCAUUCCCUUUCAGAAGGCAAAUGGUGCAAGUGCUGGGAAUUACAAUGAUUUGAUAUAUCAAGUGUUUCUCCAGAAUUAUGAUGCUGUUGUAGGAGAUACCACUAUCAUAGCCAACAGAUCACUAUAUGUGGACUUUACAUUACCAUAUACAGAAUCUGGGGUGUCCAUGAUUGUGCCUAUUAAGAAGGACGAUAGAAAGAAUGCCUGGAUUUUCUUGAAGCCUUUGAACAGGGACCUUUGGAUAACAAGUGCUGCUUUCUUCAUCCUUACGGGUUUUGUGGUUUGGCUUCUUGAACAUCGAAUAAAUUCAGAAUUUAGAGGCCCUGUUAGUCAUCAGAUUGGAAUGAUCUUUUGGUUCUCAUUCUCAACUCUUGUCUUUGCACAUAGAGAGAGAGUGGCAAGCAAUUUGGCUAGAUUUGUUGUGAUCAUUUGGGUUUUUGUGGUACUAAUACUCUCUUCAAGCUACACAGCAAGUUUGACUUCGAUGUUGACAGUCCAAAAGCUCCAACCCACCAUAACUGACAUAAAAGAGCUCCAAAACAAGGGUGAGUGUGUUGGCUACCAGGAAGGCUCGUUUGUGGUUGGACUCCUUAAAAUGAUGAACUUUGAUGAAUCCAAGCUCAAGGAAUACAAGUCUGUAGAUGAAUGUAAUGAAGGUUUAUCCAAAGGGAGUCGUAAUGGUGGUUUUGCUGCUGCUUUUGAUGAGAUUCCUUACAUCAAGCUCUUUCUUGCUAGUUACUGUUCUAAAUACACAGUGGUGGGACCUACCUACAAAACAGAUGGAUUUGGUUUUGUUUUCCCAAGAGGCUCGCCCUUGGUACCGGAUAUUUCAAGGGCAAUCUUAAACGUAACAGUGGGAGAUACAAUGAGACGAAUUGAGGUAGCCUGGUUUGGACAGCAAGCCAAUUGCCCAGACCCCAAUACAUUGGUUUCUUCCGACGACAUUAACAGUCUUACUAUGGACAGCUUUUGGGGCCUUUUCCUCAUCGCCGGAGUUUCUUCAACUUUGGCGCUCCUCGUAUUUGCAAUCAGCUUCUACUGUGACAAUAAGCAUCAGUUGGAGAAUGUCGAUCCCGAUACCUCUGUGUGGAAGAAAAUGGCCAUCUUGGCAAAACAGUUCGAUAGAAAGGACCUCUCAUCGCAUACUUUCAGGAGAAGUGAUGACAACUCUUCACACGCUCUAAGGAGAGCAGAAGACGAUGACCAAUUUGAAGACUUGAUGAUAACCAACAACACUGCACCUCAAAGUCCAACUUCCAACCGCACAGAUGGAAUCUUUAUUCCCCCAGAAGAGCACGGAAGGCCCUCCAUUGAGGUUGCAAAUCAUAGUCAUGAUGAACCUGUAUCUCAAGAGAUGGUAUCUUCUAUUGAACUCAGCAAUCAAAACAUAGAGAGGUCUAGUGCUCAUGGGAUGAGUACUGAGUACUGAGUACUGAAAGGGGUUGAUCAGAUUGAUCUCGUUCUUGCUUCCCUAGGUGCAUUUUCAUGUAA